AUGACAACACCACGUGGAAGCACACCGAAUUUGUCGAAGAAAAUUGAGAAUGUUGUUUUGCAAGUGCCGAAAAAUAAUGUGCCACGGAACACAUCUGUUGAAGCGUUCCCAGAAUUUCCAAGACCAACUAAUGAAUUUGGUAAGCUUCAAAGAAGUUUUUGUUUUGAUGGGUCUGGAAAUUUUAAAAUAGUUAGAGACAAAGACUUCGUGAUUAGAACUGAAAAAAAGUUUUAUUAAAAAAAAUAUGAGCUAUAGUUAGAAAAAAAUGAGAUAAAAUUUCUAGCACUAAUGAUGAUUCUGUCGUUCUUUAUGAAGAAAAUCUGUAUUCAAUUUCAACUUCAAAGUUGUUUUUCAGAUACAAUGUCAAUGAUGGAUGAUACUUUAUCAGUUGCAACAUCAAUCGAAGAUGAAACCAAUUUCGACUACGAUGUUGUUGCUGCAGAUGAUCCAUUUGGAAUGCCUGAUGUUGCUGAAGAAGCUGUAACUAUAGAUGAACAUAUUAUCAGUGAUCGUAUUUUUAAAAGCAUAAUGGCUAAAGUGGUACGUUUAUUUUUCUAAUCUUAUUUUUUUAUUUUUCUAAUCUUAUGUCUUCAUUUUACUGUUUUUUAGGGUAAUUUACUGGUUGUUAAUUUGGACGGUAUUAAAAUCGUGGGAAAUGUGCAUAAUGGAGAAUUGCUUAUUGAUGGAGGAGUUCAAAAGUAAUUUUCAUUAUAAUUUCAAAUUUUUUAUUUGUAAAUUAUCAUUUUCAGCGUCGAAUUAUCGCAUCGUUUAUCAAUUGUACGCCAAGAAGCAAAUGAUAUGUUAAAGAAAAUUGCUCUCGCUCAAAAAUAUAUUCGAACUGAUUUGCCAAACAUUGUCAAUUUCCAAUUGAGAGCACCAGCUGAUAAUCCAACAUCAUUUUUAGAUGUGAGAAAACUUUCUUGUUUUGUUUAAUAUAAAAAUUUAAACUUUUAGGCAAACAUCAAGGGUUUGAAAGCAUCUCUAGAUGAUGAAAUAAUCACACAUUUAUCUGCGUUUGCUUUGGAUGAUCAAGUUUCGGAUAAUAAAGUUCGACUGAAUGUUCAGUUGUCUGAUUCAAAUAUUGAAAUUGUUGUGAGUUGUUAUUUUUCAAAAACUUAUCUUUCAUAUUUCUUAUUGAAAUAAAUGUGUUUUAUUGUAGGAUCGAAAAAAGAAGAAGCCGCUCAAACUCAAAAUUACAUCACUUACUCUUGAACAAGAAGAAGAUUAG